AUGAACGGAUCCGACGACGGCCCCAUCAACCUCGCUUCAGCCCACUCUCUAGUUCCGGAUCCAGAAGAAAAGGUUCUGGGAGUAGUGUGGAACACUCACUCGGAUACCCUCGGGUUCAAAGGGGCCAACCACUGCACUAGCAACUUUACCCGCGUGGAAGUCGUUAGCCGUGUGGCUAGUGUAUUCGAUCCUCUGGGUACCGCCUCCCCACUUAUCGUCAAGGCCAAGAUUCGGCUGAGGGAGCUCGGCACCAAAGAGUUGAACGCAGCUCUCCUUGGAGCCCGGCUCGCGGUGACUAUCGGAACUUCACUCCCAGUCAAGAUAAUUCGUCGUCGAUUUUGGACAGACAGCAGCACGGUCCGUAAUUGGAUCAGGGCCACCGCUGCUUAUUAUCAAGUAUUCGUCAGCAAUAGGAUCGGUGAAAUCCAAACACUCACCGAAUCAGACAAAUGGCGGUUCGUGCCGGGCGUUUUGAACCCAGCCGAUGCUGCAACUCGGUCUACUUUAGAAGGAGACGUCUUCCCCUCAACAUGGUUGUACGGCCCCGAUUUUCUUUUGCAACCAGAAGUGGAAUGGCCUACGGACCUACCAUGGAUGGCCAUCAAGGAGGAAAUGCGAUCAGCCCGAACAUUUUCAUCCGUCCAGGCGGCAAAAAUGGAUUGGUCGGAGGUCCAAGUUUCCGCUGCAGACGUCCCGUUACUAUGUGGAAUGAAUGAGAGGUUCCGAGAUCUCAUACAACGAUGUCAAAUGGAAUCAUUUGCUGAAGAGUUGGAUCGACUCCGGAAGAAGAAACCGCUCCGCUCCAACUCCUCGCUUUUGUCUCUGGCGCCGAUUCUCGGUUAUGACGGUAUUCUCCGUCUAGGCGGUCGGGCCGGUCGGGCGCGACUACCGUACGAUCAACUUCACCCACCCUUUCUACCUGGUCAGCAUCCAUUGGCUGAGAAAAUCGUACGGGCUUUCCACGAGAAGCUUAAUCAUGUGGGUACCUAUUUCCAACUCUGCUACGUACGCCAAGAUUUUUGGGUGACCAGAGGGAGAGAAUUAGUGAAGCGAAUCCAUCGUGAAUGUGGUGUCUGUCGACGCAGCCGCGCUAAGCCGGGCGAACAGCUUAUGGCUGAUUUGACAGAGUCCCGUCUCGACUAUGGCACCAUCCCCUUCACUCGGACCACUGUCGACCUGUUUGGACCCCUCGAGAUCGGGUUGUACCGGAACCGAACCGCAAACCGAUGGGGAGUGUUAUAUACAUGUCUGGUCACCCGCGCAAUCUUCCUUGAGUUGGUACCGUCCCUCUCGUCCACCGAUUUCCUCCUCUCCCUGGGGAAAUUUAUCGCAAUGUAUCGGAGUCCCGAAGUCCUUCACUCCGAUAACGGGACCAACUUCAUUGGAGGUGAGCGGGAAUUACGAGAAGCCGCCGAUGCGUUAUAUGCCUCAGAAGAAGUACCGAGAUUCGCUCAAGCUGCACGCAUCAAGUGGACUUUCCAACCUCCUCGAACGCCCUAUUUCGGCGGCGACCAUGAAUCGUUGGUUAAAUCUACAAAAAAGGCGUUGUAUCGUGCCUUAGAACAUGAAAAGGGUGCUCUCCGCUAUCCGACCGAGGAUGUCCUCCGUACUCUGCUAUACGAGGUCGCCGGAAUACUGAACACCCGACCUUUAACGUACGCUAGUUCUGAUCCACAUGACUUCCGCCCUCUGACGCCUAAUGACUUCCUCAAUCGAGCCCCAACCGCCUAUCCGCCAGCCGGCGCUUUCAACGAUGCGCAGCCUCGAGACCAUUAUAGAUAUCUCCAACGUCCUCUUAAUCUUUUCUGGGACUUAUGGAAGACCGUCUAUCUCCAGUCCCUAGCCUCCCGUAAGAAGUGGAAAACUCCAAGCCCAAAUCUAGAAGUUGGAGACGUCGUGUUGGAAAUCAACAAAGGAUUCAAGCGGGGAGUCUGGAACAUCGGUCACGUCACACAAGUAUUUCCUGGCCCGGACGGAUACGUCAGAUCGGUAGAUGUCCAAUUACCGACGACGAUAUUUCGUCACGGAAUUACGGAGUUAUGCUUUCUGGAAACGGGCUCGUCUGUUCCAGUCUCGGGGGAGGAUGUUCCUGCGAAAGUCGCGUUAAUUCGACGUGGCAACUCUGAUCUCGGAUCUUAUCUUUCCGAAGCUUAG